UAAAGUCUCUGGGAUCACUGAUAGCAUAAGUUGUUUAGCAUUGAAACUAUUAAGAUGCAGAUUCCACCGAUUUUUAUGGAACUACCUUUAGAUGAUCAGGCACAAGAGUUGCGAGCAUAUUUUAAAAGUCUUGGAGCUGAAAUCAGCGAAGAGAAAUCUCCCAAAGGGAUUGAAGAUGAUUUACAUAAAAUCAUUGGCGUUUGUGAAGCUUGUUUCAAAGAAGGAAAUGAAAAUGAAAUUGAAACUGUUUUAAAUGAUAUUGUUUCCAUCAUGAUUUUAAUACCUACUGAAAGAGCUGAAAAUUUAAUAUUAGCAUUUUGUGAAAAGCUUACUAAAGCACCCGGUUACAAAUUAGGCUUGGUGUGUUUAAAAGCCUUAUGGCUAUUGUUUCAAUCUCUUUCUGAUGAUUCGCCAAUGAGAUAUCAUGUCUAUUAUCAUCUAGUCCAAAUAGCUCGUAAUGUAGAUCAAGUAAAAGCUGUUUACGGAGGAAUAGAUCAAUUGAAACAACAAUUUGCAUCAUUUCCUCCGUCCAAUGAACAAAUGCAAAAAUUAUUACGUUUGCUACAUGAAGUACUUCUAAGUUGCAAACAAGGAGAGCAAGCAGCCGCUGUAAUGGUAGAACUUCUUGGAACAUACACAGCGGAAAAUGCUUCCGCAGCAAGAGAAGAUGCCCAACGUUGUAUUUUAGCUGCUCUUGCGGAUCCAAAUACAUUUUUACUUGAUCCAUUAUUAGCUUUAAAGCCUGUGCGGUUUUUAGAAGGAGAACUUAUUCAUGACUUAUUGCUUGUAUUUGUACAAGAAAAAUUACCAGCAUAUCUACACUUUUAUCAAAAUCAUAAGGAAUUUGUUGAGCAUCAACUUGGAUUAAAUCAUGAACAAAAUAUGAAAAAAAUGAGGUUAUUAACAUUCAUGCAAUUGGCUGAGACAAAUCCAGAAAUGUCAUUUGAUACUAUUCAAGAAGAAUUACAAAUCAAUACAGAUGAAGUAGAAAAUUUUAUUAUUGACGUGUUGAAAACAAAACUUGUAAGAGCACGUAUGGAUCAAGCUGGUCGUAAAGUACUUAUUUCAAGUACAAUGCAUAGAACCUUUGGAAGGCCACAAUGGAUGCAAUUACGAGACUUGCUUGUUGCAUGGAAAUCGAAUUUGUCUUCUGUUCAAGAUUCCAUGAAAUCUGUAGCUGAUGCGCAAAUGGAACUUGCAACGAAAAAGAAAGACAGCGAUGUAUAAGUAUACAUGGUCUUCACAAUGGUAGUACCUACUAUCCUAUACACACAUUUUUUACAAUAAUUAUAAAUUGCUACUUACCUUCUACAAAAUAAAUGACAAUAAUAUUUGAUUCA